AUAUAUAUUUAAAAAAAAAAAAAAAGACUAAGCCUUCUUUAGGCCCUUGGUCUGGCCGGAUGGCAGCGCUCCCUGGAGAGUGUUUGAGCCUUAACAUCCCCCUGUUGAAUCAUGGAGAUGGGUGAGUUUUUUUUUUUUUUAUCUCCAGAGCAUAGCUUUUCUCAUUUGUGACCUUGAGGAUUAGGAGUGGGGAGGCCUGAGACGUGACUUCUGUUGGGGCUGACGUCCUUCAGAGAAAGGGCAGCCCACUGAACCUGCUCCCUCUGGCACCUUUGAUCAACUUCAUGAGUGGCCCCAGCUUUCCCCAACACUCAACCUUCACUCUAAGUCACCACAGAGAAACAGAGAGAAGCAAAAACUUCUCCACACUCACACAAUGCGCCCUUCAGCUGGGGCUUCUGAGAGCAUGGCGAGGAGUCACAGCUCAGAGGUGUCCAAGAGAGGGCUGAGGGGUGGGGGGUGGACCUUCUGCUACCUACUUGGCAGAAAAGCAUUUGGGCUUAUAAUAACCCCAGAUGGCCAUCACCCUUGGGGCCAUCACAUCAUGAACAGCAAGGGGGACCUUCUCUUACAACUGUGCGCGCGCUUUUGUGUAAGGGCCAAGACUACUGUGAUCUCAGCCCUGAGGUAUGUGAGGGCACCCAGCCUAUCACCAGUCUGUAGUAGGUACACCACCCAUGUUUGAUGCUAUAAAACCUACAUCUCUAGACGCCUGCUCUUCCCGGCUCUGGUGACCCUGCUCAUCUCCACUCUGACCUUCCCCCCUGGCUUUGGACAGUUCAUGGCCGGACAGCUCUCACAGAAAGAAACUCUGGUCACCCUGUUUGACAACCGGACAUGGGUCCGCCAGGGCCUGGUGGAGGACCUGGAGCCGCCGGGAACCUCACAGGCCUGGAGCCCACCACGCGCCAACGUCUUCCUCACCUUGGUCAUCUUCAUUCUCAUGAAGUUCUGGAUGUCUGCACUGGCCACCACCAUCCCAGUGCCCUGUGGGGCCUUCAUGCCAGUCUUUGUCAUUGGAGCAGCAUUUGGGCGGCUGGUGGGCGAAAGCAUGGCUGCCUGGUUCCCAGAUGGGAUUCACACUGACAGCAGCACCUACCGGAUCGUGCCCGGAGGCUACGCAGUGGUGGGGGCCGCUGCACUGGCAGGAGCAGUGACACACACAGUGUCCACGGCCGUGAUUGUGUUCGAGCUCACGGGCCAGAUCGCCCACAUCCUACCCGUCAUGAUCGCCGUCAUCCUGGCCAACGCCGUUGCCCAGAGCCUACAGCCCUCACUCUAUGACAGCAUCAUCCGGAUCAAGAAACUGCCCUAUUUGCCUGAGCUGGGCUGGGGCCGCCACCAGCAGUACCGGAUGCGAGUGGAGGACAUCAUGGUGCGGGAUGUUCCCCACGUGGCCCUCAGCUGCACCUUCCGGGACCUUCGGCUGGCACUGCACAGGACCAAGGGCCGCAUGUUGGCCCUAGUAGAGUCCCCUGAGUCCAUGAUCCUCCUGGGCUCCAUUGAGCGCUCACAGGUGGUGGCAUUGCUGGGGGCCCAGCUGAGCCCAGCCCGCCGGCGGCAGUACGUGCAAGAGCGUCGAGCUGCCCAGACCUCUCCACCCUCUGAUCAGGAGUGUCCCCCUAGCCCUGAGACAUCCGUCCGAUUCCAGGUGAACACAGAGGACUCAGGUUUCCCUGCAGCCCAGGGAGAGACUCACAAGCCCCUGAAGCCUGCUCUCAAGAGGGGGCCCAGCAACACCAUGAAUCUCGGGGAGAGUCCCACAGGGAACAUGGAGCAGGCAGGCAUCGCCCUCAGGAGCCUCUUCUGUGGCAGUCCAACCCCUGAGGCUGCUUCAGAGUUGGAGAAGUCGGAAUCAUGUGACAUGCGCAAGCUGAAGCGGGUCCGAAUCACCCUGGCGAGUGACUCAGACCUGGAAGGCGAGAUGACCCCUGAGGAGAUUCUGGAGUGGGAAGAACAGCAACUGGAUGAACCUGUCAACUUCAGUGACUGCAAAAUUGACCCCGCCCCCUUCCAGCUGGUGGAGCGGACCUCUUUGCACAAGACUCACACCGUCUUCUCGCUGCUGGGAGUGGACCAUGCAUAUGUCACCAGCAUUGGCAGGCUCAUUGGGAUCGUCACUCUAAAGGAGCUCCGGAAGGCCAUCGAGGGCUCCGUCACAGCACAGGGCGUCAAAGUCCGGCCACCCCUCGCCAGCUUCCGCGACAGUGCCACCAGCAGCAGUGACACGGAGACCACGGAGGUGCACGCACUCUGGGGGCCCCGCUCCCAUCAUGGCCUCCCCCGGGAGGGGAGCCCUUCUGACAGCGAUGACAAGUGCCAAUGAACCCCUCAAUGGGCGGCCUGGGAUGGCAGUGGCCGUGGCUGUUGGCCAAUCCUGAAGCUCUCCUAUUCCUUCUGCCUUGGGAAAGGAGGUGGCUACCCUAAAGGCUGAAGCCGUAGCCUCCCUUCCAGGCCUGGGGUGGUGCCAAGCUCCUGGUUCGUCCUACCUGGAAUCUGACCAAGUGCCCACCUGCAAGUAUUCCACGGGCAGGAAGAUCAGCAUCCCCCCUGGCAGGAUAGGGGUGGAGUCACUUGACCCCUGCUCCCCCUCUGAGGGGAAAAGGGGUAGAACUAAGAUGGGUUUAUACUGGAACCUCCUCCAAUGACCAGAUGUAUAUAGAGAUUUACAAAGAUUUUUAUAUUAAUUUAAUAAAACAAAUUCUUAAAUAGAACAAAAUAAACACCUAAUGAGCCACUUAUAUAUAGAAUGCCUGUGCCCAUCAGCUCUUGUUCUUACCUUGGGCCCUCUUACCUGCCAAAGCCUACAAGGCUCCGAACUCUGCAGCCACCCACACCCCCCGCAGCCAUCAAACCCAGAGCUCACUGUCUGUGGAAUACAGGAUCUACAGAGGCCUCCACUGCUUAGUUAUCAAAAUCCUAGCUAGGGCACAGGCCCUCAGUGCUGUAGCUUUGGCCUUUUGUUCAGCCAAGAAAGGCACUACUCUCUUCCCUCCCCCCAAGGAGAGACACUCCCACACGACCGACCGUCGCUCGUUGGCACCAUUUCUGCCGGGCUCAGGCAUCAGCAGACAACUGCCCAGCCACCCGUGUGGCCUCCUUGCGACCCUCUCCGGAAGAACAGCGAAGUCACAGCUCCGAAGCUACCAGAGCCACCCACCCCUUCCCCCAGCUCGGCUCUAAGGAGAACUUGG